AUGAGAAACAAUAGCAAUGUGGACGGGCCAGGUCAGCUGAUGCGAGAUAUAUCAACUCUUCCUCAAGAAAAGGCCAUCCUCACCACUGCGCCGGAUGUCCCCCCUACAAUCGAGCGUCACCACCCCGUCUUGCUUCAAGUAUCACUCGAGACCACAAUCAAACUCACCAAGCUCACGAGCUCCCAUAAAUACGAGCAGUGGACCUUCAACAACACCGUGCCAGGCCCAUUCAUUCGCGCGCGGGUCGGCGAUGUGCUUGAACUCUCCCUGACGAACCGGGAUGAAACCGGGAACCCGCACAACAUAGACUGCCACGCUGUACUUGGCCCGGGCGGUGGAUCUGCCGUCACCACAGUCUCAGAGGGAGACACGAAAACGGGAAGAUUCAAGCUGCUCUGUCCUGGGUUGUACAUCUAUCAUUGUGCCGCAGCUCCGGUGCCGGUGCAUAUCGCAAACGGGAUGUACGGGCUUAUUCUCGUGCAACCGGAGGAUGAUGCAACGCACCACCUUUCGCGCGUGGACAGAGAGUAUUACGUGAUGCAGAGUGAAUUCUAUUAUGAGCCCCCUGAGAAGGAUGAAACCGGAAAGCCAUCGUCGAUCGUAGAGUUCUCGUACCCCAACGGAUUGCGCGAGGAGCCUGACGCGGUCUUCUUCAAUGGACACGAGGCCGCCAUGACGCGAGACAAGCCUCUCAAGGCGCGAACGGGGGAGACCGUUCGGAUUUAUUUUGGCAAUGCGGGGCCAAACCUUACCAGUUCGUUUCAUGUCAUUGGAAGCAACUUUCGACGGCUCUACCGUGAUGGGGACCUGGUGAGUGCUCCGGCGCAGUUCGUCCAGACCACGACGGUGCCCCCUGGAGGAGCCACCGUGGUGGAUAUGGAAAUGGUAGUUCCAGGGACGUAUACUCUGGUUGACCAUGCGAUCUUCAGGCUGGAGAAGGGCGGGGUGGGCUACUUGAAUGUGUCGGGGGAUUCGAGGCCGGAGAUUUAUCAGGGAACCGAUCCGCCUGCUCCGUGUGUUGGCUGCAAACUUCAUCCGUAG